AUUGAUUGUACCUGUAUUUGAGAUUUGUUGUAGUUUCUCAAAAAUGGCUCAUAUUUUUAAGUUUACUUCAUGUCUUGUUGGAUUAAAGCAGCCUACUUUAGUGUCUGUGAAAUGCAUCGGCCUUCCAUUUACUUCUGCAAGAAAUCUUCACUUCACAGUGGAUGGACAGAAUCUUGCAAAACCAGGAGAGAAGAUCUCAAGAGACUACCCUGUGAUUGACCACACAUACGAUGCAGUGGUGGUGGGGGCAGGCGGAGCUGGUCUGCGGGCAGCAUUCGGUCUUGUGGCUGAGGGAUUCAAAACUGCUGUCAUCACUAAACUGUUUCCUACUCGCUCACACACAGUGGCUGCUCAGGGAGGCAUCAAUGCAGCCCUGGGUAACAUGGAGGAAGACAACUGGCAAUGGCACAUGUAUGACACCGUGAAAGGGUCGGAUUGGCUGGGAGACCAAGACGCGAUACAUUACAUGGCCCGUGAAGCGCCCCAUGCUGUGAUUGAACUGGAAAAUUAUGGUAUGCCUUUCUCUCGCACUAAGGAGGGCAAGAUCUACCAGAGAGCGUUUGGCGGCCAGAGUCUCAAGUUCGGCAAGGGUGGUCAGGCCCACCGCUGCUGUGCUGUAGCCGACCGUACGGGGCACUCCUUACUGCACACUCUGUACGGCCAGUCGCUUCGCUACGACUGCAACUACUUCAUUGAAUACUUCGCUCUCGAUCUGCUGAUGGAGAAAGGAGAGUGUCGAGGCAUCAUCGCGCUUUGUUUAGAGGACGGGAGUAUUCAUCGUUUUCGUGCCAAGAACACUGUUCUAGCAACAGGAGGCUACGGUCGGACAUACUUCUCGACAACCGCUGCGCACGUUUGCACCGGAGACGGCACCGCCAUGGUCUCCAGAGCAGACCUAUACGUCCAGGACCUUGAGUUUGUCCAGUUCCAUCCGACAGGAAUUUACGGAGCCGGCUGCCUGAUAACAGAGGGCUGCCGGGGCGAAGGAGGUUAUCUCAUUAACUCUCAGGGUGAGAGGUUCAUGGAGCGGUACGCCCCAGUAGCCAAAGACUUGGCUUCACGUGAUGUCGUAUCCAGGUCCAUGACUAUUGAGAUCAGGGAAGGCAGAGGCUGCGGACCAGAGAAGGACCAUCUGUACCUACAGCUACAUCACUUACCACAGGAGCAGUUGGCUUCUCGUCUACCCGGAAUUUCCGAGACUGCCAUGAUAUUUGCCGGAGUGGAUGUCACCCGGGACCCCAUUCCAGUGCUGCCAACUGUACAUUACAACAUGGGUGGCGUGCCCACCAAUUACAUUGGACAGGUUUUAACUGUGAAGAACGGACAAGAUGUGGUGGUGCCCGGACUGUACUCGUGCGGAGAGGCCAGCUGUUGUUCUGUACACGGGGCAAACAGGCUCGGAGCCAACUCCCUCCUCGACAUCGUCAUCUUUGGCAGAGCGUGCGCCAAGAAAAUCGCUCAAGAGAACAAGCCAGGAGAGAAAGUAGACAUAAGUCCAAAUGCAGGAGAGGCAUCACUAGCCAACUUGGACUGGUUGAGGUUCGCGAAUGGACCAACAUUGACAGCUCAACUACGCCUCGACAUGCAGAAGACAAUGCAGACACAUGCCGCUGUGUUCCGGGAGGCUGCUACACUGCAGGAAGGCUGCCGGAACAUGGACGCUCUGUACAAAUCGCUCUCUGACCUUAAGUUACAAGACCGCAGCAUGGUGUGGAACACUGACCUGGUGGAGGCGCUGGAGUUACAGAAUCUUAUGAUCAACGCCCAACAGACAAUCUAUAGUGCAGAGAACCGCAAGGAGUCGAGAGGGGCUCAUGCUAGAGAAGAUUUCAAGACCAGGAAUGAUGAAUAUGAUUACUCCAAGCCAGUUGCAGGGCAGACGAUCAAACCUAUGGACCAGCACUGGCGAAAACACACACUAUCCAAGAUUGAUAUCAAAACUGGAAAGGUAUCCUUUGAAUACAGGGCAGUAAUUGAUAAAACGUUGAAUGAGCAAGAAUGUCCAUCAGUUCCACCAGUCCUUCGAAGCUACUGAUAGCAAUCGAAGGAUCGAAUUUGUUACUACUGUAUUGUUACUUGUUAGGUUAGUUCUCGUGAGAGAACAAUAUUUGAAUACAGGUUCCUUGGUUCUCUGGACUUCUGGUUGUAAGGUGCUUUUGUAUUACUUCGAUAUAGAAUUAGUUUGUGUUAAUUAAUCGUAUAUUAAAUUUAUUUAUAUACAAGAAUAAAGAUGAUAAAGUAAAAUUCAGUUA